UUUCAGUUUCAUUCGCCAAAGCACGGAUUCUUAGAGGUCUUAGACAUUUUCUAAUGGGCACGAAUUUACCCAGCUACUAGGUUGGCUAUUCUCUCUGCAAGAAAAUAAAUUGGCAAAAGCAAGUGUCAAUCUGUGGUGUUAUUUGUUAUACCUCCUAAGUGACUACUAAUUAUUUACAUAAAAAAAAAUAUCGAAAUGGAAUAAACUUUGUAUGAAAACUAUGGAUGACACCGAAAGUACCACAACGUCCGCUGACGAAAACACUGGGAAUUUGUGUGAUAAUCCAACCAGGGAUACGCUUGCUGAAGGCCUUCUAGGUUUACUGAAGCCUACGGUUGAUCAACUAGACGACAGAGUCCGAGCCACUAGAAUUUCACAGUUAGAAUUGAAACAGCAGAUAGACUCAUUGAAUGAAGAGCUAUUGAAAGUGCGCGAGGCACUCAACCACCACCCCGACUUGGACCCAUAUGUGAAAAAGCUAAUAGCUUGCAAGCACAAAGUUACAGUAGUCCUUAAUGUCUUACAAGCCUCACAGGAUAGACUUAAUGAGAUUAGACGUUCUAUAAGCAAAGAACAGAGUGUUCGCAAAGCUGUGCUACCAGACGCACCUCAGGAGCCUGUGCAAAGCACCAGUGGUGUCUCAAAUCAAGGCAGCAUCAACUAACAUGGAGA